UUCAUUUUUGCUUUUGUCCAUUAUUCAAAGUCGAAUUAGUCACUCGAUUCCGUUCGUAUCGAAAAGUUUCAGUGCUCUGUUUUCUGCUAGUUUGUGAUUGGUAUUUAUUUAUGCAGAUAAUGCUUCUUCCUGUUCGGUCGUCGGGUGUGACUCAAUAAUUUUAGUGAAUUACUGCGUGAGAUGGUCUGGUAAAAGUUUCUCUAUCAGACACAGCACUUGUUAAUGGAAAAAUUGUUAUUGAAGUUUUCUGCUCAGAAUCUGUUCAUCGCCAGAUACAACGGGUGAAAAAGAGGAGUAUAGGAAAACCAAUCGGGAAAAGUGGAAUUGAUGGUUUGUUGGCCUUCGUGGCAAGUAGCACUAGCAGUGAAAUUUUUCUUGCUUCGGACAAUAGCUGCGCCCAUCUGUUGUCUGCUGCUGACCGAUGCAUAGAUAGAAAAUCGACAAAAAAAAGUCUGAAGAGUCUAGGAUGUGAAUCUUUCGACAAAGUAGCUAAGCUGUGUCAGUGAAGUAAUAGGAAACGAACGUAGUAAAAACGUGUUAAACAAACAAAAUUUAACAAGCUUUACAUUGUAAAGGAAAAUAUCUGCUGGCAGCAGAAUGUGGAGUCCAACUCAUAUACAAGUCACUGUGCAACGCGCGAAAGGUCUGCUGAUCAAGGGCAAGCAUGGCACCAACAACUGUUUCGUUAUUAUCGCCCUCGGCAAAGAGAAAUAUCAGACAUCGGUCAAGGAGAAGGCGCCAGACGCGGUCGAGUGGCAUGAGGAGUGUGAACUACAAAUUCCAACGCAGGGCAAUCGGGCCGAGCUGGUACUGACGGCUCUCCACCAUAAUACCCUCGGCAUCGAUGAGUUUCUGGGUCAGGUUGUCCUACCACUGAACGAAAUGGAUGUGUACGAACGACCACGAUCCCGGUGGUUUAAGCUGCAAAGUAAACCGGGAAAGGAGAAAAAGAAAGAACGUGGCGAGCUGGAGGUGCGCAUCGCGUUCACCGUAAAAGCCGGAUCUUUGACGGAUCUCAGCAAAAAGGAGAAGAGCAAAAGUUCGAUUAGUAACCUUGCUUCCAAUGUCGGCGGGUCGCUGCUUAGUAUCGGGGCGAUCGAGAAGCGUAAAGGCCUGAAGAAGUUUGCCAAAUCGCUCGGGUCUAAAGUUCACAUAAGCGGAAUUGGGAAGAAGAAACACAAGGAAGGGGACGGUGUUCCCGGGGACGAUGCCUCGUUUACCGGAAGCUAUUCAAGCAUUGGAACACCGAGCGGACUAACCUCAAGACAAUCUAGGCAGACAUUCGGCGAUGCCGAUCCAGGGGUAAUCAGUGAAGAUGAGGACGAAUUUGUAUUCGAUAAUCUAUCUCACAAAAGUUCGGGUAGUUCCUUGAAUAUCCGGGCGCAAAGUGGAGGAGCGGGACACAUUCUGCCAAGGUCGGCUACGCAGUCCAGUGCAUCAACACCGGACGAGACCAGGAAGCAGAAAUCGAUAACACUUCCGCCAUCGAAACCAUCACGGUUGCUAAUAGAAAACGAGCCGGAAUCGACGGUGGGUAAAGUUGAUGAGUGGGAACAGAAGUUGUACGGAAAACAUCUCGACAUUGGAAGCACUGAUUCACUGAAGCGAAGAUCCUGGGAGAAUUCUCGAGUGAUGCUUGCCGUCCAACAGGAAGAGGAAGAAGAAAAGGCGCAACAGAAAAAUGUCCCUAGAGAACCAACCGGUCCUGCACCCACCUCAGUUACUGCCCCUACGUCACCUUUGCUGAGCAACAAAAGCCAGAAGGAGGACACAACUAACGAUAAACCGAAACCGCUUCCUCGCGCUGGUUCGCAGGAUAUCGGCAAAGCCAAUGAGAAACUGGUCCUAGACAAUCAACCAAUCACCAGCAGCACCAUAAGCAACAGUCGCAAAUCGGUUAAUCAACCAUCGCCGAAACCCGAGAAGGAUAGUAAUUCAUUUACCAGAAAGUUGAAGCAUUUUAUUAAAGACCACCGGGCAGAGUCAAUGGAAAAUCUUUCCAGUGCUGGUGCGAAGAAGCAGCUGAACGGAACCAAACAACAUCAUCUCAAGCAGCACCAUAUAAAUAAUGAAAGAAUCAUUAUCGGCGGUGAGAAUGGAAGCAUCGGAACAGGUGAUAUUCUUCCGAUGGCAGCCCGACAGAGCAAACUAGUGACGGAAGUAUCACCGGAGAUUUUGGCUAAAUACGAAGGCAAAACUCGCGAAGACAUGAUGAAAUUGGCGCACAAUUUGGAAAACGAAGUUCACUAUCAAAAACAAAAGGUGAAGGAAUUGGAAGACUAUCUGGACAGUUUACUGCUCAAAGUGAUGGAGUGCCACCCGAAGAUAUUGCAAAAUCCGUAUCAAAAGGCUCAUCCCACCAAGAGUGGAUGAUUUGCCCUUCUUCCUUACAGUGGCGUGGGUAAACAGCUGAUGGAUUGCGUCUAUCUCUAGUACAUAUAACUAGUAAUCUAACCCUACCCCUCCCUCCAGAGACACACUAAACCACUAAUCACCGAACUGAUCCAGUAUGCAGCUACUGUCGUCCAACGCUAGGGUAAGUCCAUCCGCCGAACACGCGUGGUUCAAAAGACAAUACUGUACCGAAUUAACCACGGGGAAUUGACUUCAAUUUAAAUUUGAUCCUCAGAGGAAAUCCACAAAAAAGUUAGCAUUUUUUUUUAAAUUUUGUUUUUUCAUUGUAUGAUCAAAUUUGUUCUACCAUCGGUUUACAUCCAUUUAUUGUUGUUUUACCCUCCGUACUUGUCUAGAACAAUCAUCCGUAAUUUGAACGUUUCUCAUGCUACAAUGGCAAAUGUAACGCAAGAGUACUCUAAGAUUUAUUACGUAUUUUAAAUAAAAACAAUGUUAUUUUUUACUAAAUCACGUUUAUCCAGAAAACUAAGAAAAACUAUGAACCAAGUUGCCUUAAUCGAAGAAAAAACGUUAUAAUACAGUGUGCUAGACAGAAGCUCGUAAUCGAUAUUGUACACACUUUUUGAAUACAAUUUUUGUGCGAUGCAAAUAAACUCAUAUUUUACAAUGGUUAUUGAAGAUAA